AUAAGGAUAAAAAACUAAAAUAACGCCAAGAGUACGCAUACCGCAUACACAUGCAUAUAUAUUAGUAAUUUAAUGGAAUUUUCUCUCUCCUCUUCACUUCACAGUUUCUUUUCCACCUCUUCUGCGAGAGGACUCCUUUGAAGUUCUAUCAUAGGUAUUUGAGAUGUCAACUGCAGCCAGGAAGAGACUGAUGAGGGACUUCAAGGGGUUGCAGCAGGACCCACCUGCGGGCAUCAGUGGCGCUCCACAAGAGAAUAAUAUUAUGCUCUGGAACGCGGUUAUAUUUGGUCCAGAUGACACGCCUUGGGAUGGAGGUACGUUUAGAAUGACUCUUCAGUUCAUAGAAGAAUAUCCAAACAAGCCACCAACUGUUCGGUUUGUUUCUCGAAUGUUCCAUCCAAAUAUUUAUGCGGAUGGAAGUAUAUGUUUGGACAUCCUGCAAAAUCAGUGGAGUCCUAUUUAUGAUGUUGCUGCUAUACUUACAUCUAUCCAGUCGUUGUUGUCUGACCCAAAUCCAAAUUCUCCUGCGAACUCUGAAGCUGCUCGGAUGUUCAAUGAGAAUAAGAGAGAAUAUAAUCGCAGGGUUAGGGAAAUUGUGGAGCAAAGCUGGACUGCUGACUGAUACAUGCAAUUGAGUCCUAGCCCUACUCGAAUCUGCUCCCCUGUGGCGACGAAUUGCUGCGCCGCUAAUGUUGGAUUCUGUCACUUAUGCUUCGGUCCUACUCUAUGAAGCUGUUAGAUGAUCCAUUAUGCUGUCAGACUGUUGCUUGGUGACUUGUAUAUUACUAUGAUUUACGGAUUGAUUUGUUUUGAAAUUUGAAGCUGGAAAUGAUGUUUACUCAGCACGAACAUGAAUGUGUAUGUUGUGGCUUAUAAAAUUUGGGCCUGUUUGGCUAAAA